AUGAAAAUAUUCAAUUUGAUGACAGGAAGCAACAUCAAAUUCCCUGGCUCUCCACAAGGCUCAGGUCUGACAUUUUCUGUUGCCCAUGAGUUGGGAUUAAAACCAGGCACUCCGGUCGACACUUCCCUGAUUGAUGCAUAUGCAGGAGCCCUUGGAUUAUUUGCUUGUCAUGCCGAUGCUCCAGUGGAUCAGAGACUAGCACUCAUUUGCGGUACUUCAACGUGCCAUAUGCUGAGCGUAUCUCAACCGACAUUUGUCAAUGGAGUGUGGGGUCCAUAUGCCUAUGUCUUACUGCCAGGAAUGUGGUUGUUGGAAGGCGGGCAAAGCGCUACUGGGAAAUUAUUGGACCAUAUCGUCGAGACGCAUCCGUGUUAUACGUCGUUAAAAGAGCGAUUGCCGUGGACGAUUUCCAUCGCAGAAGAACUUUCUCGAAUCCUCCAUACCAUGUCACGCCCGACUGGACGACCCUUUUCCAAUUUGACUAAAGAUGUCCAUGUGUGGCCGGAUUUUCAUGGUAAUCGCUCUCCUUUAGCGGACCCUAAUGUUAAAGGCAUGAUUUGCGGUAUGACUUUGGACGCGUCAGAAGAGAACCUAGCGUUGCAUUACCUGGCCACCAUUCAGGCUUUAUGCUAUGGGACUCGUCAUAUAAUUGAAUCUAUGAGAGAACGCGACGUUGAAAUUGGGUGUUUGUUGCUUUGCGGUGGAUUGACCAAAAUCGACUUGUUCGCUGCCACCAUGGCCGACGCCGUUGGUCUGCCCGUUGUUCUUCCCAACAAAAAAGAGUCUGUUCUUCUCGGUUCAGCGAUGCUGGGAGGAGCCUGCGCUUCAACGCAUUUCUCCUCUCUCAACGAAGCAAUGAUCAAAAUGGGUGGUCAUGGAAAAACAAUUCAACCGAACCAACAAGACAGAAAGUUCCACGAUCGCAAGUACAGAGUCUUUAUGAAAAUGCUGCAGGAUCAAAAAGAUAAUGAAAAGAUCAUGAACUCCAACUAAAUUGUAAGUGCAAGGACGACAUUCCAUUUCCUUCUACCCAGUGAACCACACUUGCAUGGACGAACAACUAUCAACUGUAGUGUUUUCUUCUUAGUCGACUGUUAUUCCCUAGCUGGAUGUAUUAAAGUUGAUUUAAUGUAAAUAGAAUGUAGUCGAAUUAG